UCUCAGCGGGUGGAGGGUCGCUGGUGUCCGCGCGGUGCCUUCUCCCCCCCGCCGCCCUGCGCGCGGCAGCCCCGCGCGCAUCAGCUGGCCGGGUUGGGGGCGGGGGGGGGGAGAACAAUGCUUCCCCUGCCAAGCCCGCGCGCUGGGGAGGCUGCCGGCGUUCGUUCCGCUCCUCUCUGGAAGGCUCCACCCUUGUGACAGGAGCCUUGGGGCUGAGUCGGGGGCGGUGGGGGGGCGGGGAGGGAAACCCUUCGCAGGAGCGUCGGGUUUAAAAUGAAUCUCAAUCUGGGGUCCUCCAGAUGCAGUUCCUAAGGUUGGGCGGGCUGACUGGGCAUUAUGGGGAUUGUAGUAGAUUGCUGUGUAAGGCAACAUAUCGGGAGGCCAUAAGGUUGGGACAUGAGUAUAUCAGUGGCCAAACAGGUUCCAGAGUAAAUGUUUAAUUCCCAUUAAAAAGGGUGGGUGAUUGUGUUCUUUUGAGUGUAUUAAUUAGUUUGGGAGAGGUGUGCCAGUUGUUUUAUUAUUGUACCGUAAUUUGUCACUAAAAAUAUAGUGAAAGAGGGACUAUAAUACUCUGCUUAGUUUGUGAUGAAUUCUAUUGUCAUUUAUCUCAUUCAGCACCAAAUUUAUCUGCCCUUCAUCCCUGUUGGACCCCAGGUGGGCACUUCAGAUUUGGCAGUGGCACCAUUCUGAGAUACUGAUGGUGACUCUUCAGAAACAAGUCUGUGAAACAUUUUGUUUGAACCAAAGGAAUUGAUGAACCCUCCCAAAAGAUGGAGACCUUCAGGGACAAAACUGUAGAUGAAUUGAAAGAACUGCAGGAAAAUUCCGAAGAGAUUGAACGGUUGGCAUUGGAGUCGAAUGAGGUCCAAAAUGUACAGUUGCAAAGGGAGAUGGCUCUGGCCACAAAUCGUAGUCUUGCAGAGCAAAACCUGAAGUUCCAGGAACCCCUGGAAACAGGACGUGCAAACCUCUCUGACAGAUAUCAAGAUCUGCAGAAACUGAUAGAGCGAUGCGAGGAGCAGAAGUCAAAGCUGGAGCAAUUCUCGGCAGCAACAAAGCCUGAUACCCUGUUAAAUCUUCUGAAGGUGGAAGGACUCAACAUUGAAGAAGAAUCUGAGAUGAUGGCUGAAAAGUUCCUGGAGGGGGAGGUGCCUUUGGAGACAUUUCUUGAACAGUUUUCUACCAUGAGGAAGUUAUCUCAUCUACGACGUGUAAAAGUGGAAAAACUUCAAGAAGUGUUGCAAAAAUCUCAGUCCUUGCCAGAGCCAGCAGACAACCAGUCUCCUUCCCACAUAUCUUCUGGACCUAUAAAUCAGCAGCCACAGAAGCGUUCAGCUGGGGAACCAGCCUUUCCUUUACCUUAUGGUCUAUCUCCUUGUGUUCCAACAGGCCCUUCAGCUUAUGGGGCUCUCCAGCCAGGCCCCUUUGGAGGAACACCAGUUGCAGUGGGACACAGUGCCUCCUCUCAGCCAAGUGCUCAGCCCCCAUUUCCAUAUAAACCACCCUCAGGUCCUGGAUACCCAUCUGUUCCUUCAAGUAAUCCAGCACCCCAGCCUCAGGCAGGGGAUCUGGCUUCAUCCGGGUACUCUUGGUCUCCAUCCAGAACAUCGUCUUCUGGUCCAGGGUAUCCACAGCCUUCUUUCAGGGCUCCAUCAGUAGCACCAGGAUUUCCUCAGCCUAUGCAGCCUCCCUAUUUCCCAUCGGGAGGAAGACCACAGUGUCCUUACCCAACUCAACCUGCAGCGGCUGGCUUCCCUGUUCCCUCCCAGCCUCCAUAUCCUCCAUCUUUUGGGUAUCCGCCACCACAUCUUCCCCCUCGGGGCCAUACUUAUUAGACCAGCUUUCCAGGCAGUAUUUUACAUGGUGGCUGAUGAAAUGAUGUCUUGUUAGCUAAUGAACCCCAAGAUGAAAAUUGGGGAGGGUCAUCCUGAGAAACAUAUAUACAUAAGCAUUACACUGAUGUAAUAAAUGAUGGAAUAAUACUGUUAAGAGCUGCAAAGGAAGGUCGUCGCUUAUGGUUCUGUUUGUAAGUUAUAGUGAUGGUAGGCAGCCUUAAUGGAAUCAGUAUUGACCAAACAUUCAGUUCAAGCCAUAGUAUACAGUACAUACAAAGACCCAGAGCUCUUAUCAUGGCACUGUGCUUGCUAAGCUCUUUAAGGAAGACUUAAUUGACAGCAACCUGGAUCUGGUUUUGUGUAGGGAAGUGUGUAUGCGUAUGUGUGUAGUUUUCUAAUUUAGUCUAUUAGAAUAUAUUAAAAAGUUCUAUAUACCUGUAUUCUUACAAAGAAUCUGAUGGAGAAAUCAGUUAAGCCUUUCUGAUGUAAAACAUGCUUUCUAAAGAAGUCUAAAGUUUCUCUUGGCAUUAGGAAGUACCUCCUUGACAAUAAUAGUAUGUUUGCUAACUCCACAAAGAAAGAAAAGAGAAAGGAAAGAAAGAAAGAAAGAAAGAAAGAAAGAAAGAAAGAAAGAAAAAAAGAAAAAGAGUCUUCACCUAUUCGUAGCUACUGCAGAUUACCAAACGAUUGCUGCUGGGUGUCCCCAUAUGGAAGCUUUGGAGAACCCUUGUCAGCCUAAGGGAGCAUGUUUUUUCAUAGAACUGCGUUAACAGCAAUGGAUGAGGUCAGCACCAAAGGCCAAAAGUAUUCUGCUCUGUUAUGCUCACCGUUCACCCAUUUUGCAAUUUGUGGCGAGAGCUUCCACAAAGUCCACAAGUGCUCCUUAUCCCAUGCUGCAAUUUUUUUUUAAAAAAAAUCUGCCAUUGUUUAGAUUCUCCUCUUUCUUCCGUAACACUUAAGUAACUUGCACUUUCUUGAUUUCAUAACAUCAAGCAAGACUUACCAUGACUUCUUCAGUCCAUAUACUACCCUUUGAACAAUUGCUGUAUGAUUUUGUUUGACCUAAGGAACUUGUGAUCUUGGCACUGCUUGGCAGUUGACUAGCAUUAUAGACUAAAUAGCCAAAUCACUAUGCAUUUUUUUAUAUUGGGGAAUAAAUGAAGUAAUGUCCUACCUACAUUAUUGAGUGUGACAACCUUCUCAGGAAUUUGGAUUUGUAGCUUCCAUCAUAUCCAGAUCCUUUUCUUUAAUAAUCUUUUAAUUUUACAGAAAGUGUAGGAAACAGGCAUUUCCUUUUUGUUCAUUGUUCCACUUUGGUUGAGAAGAAGAAACACUGGGUAUCAAUUAAUAGAAUGCAGGAGAUGUAAUGGAAAACAAAACAGUUUUGCUAAGCACUUUAUCCUCUUGCUCAUCUGUAAUUUAUUUUUUAAAAAUAGAUUUGACUAACUUUCAGACUUGAUGGAAGCAAUUGCAUAUAUGUGAUUAUGGUAAUAAAAUUUGAUGAACU